CAAAGAUCUGUACAAGGACGUCAUGAUGGAGGAUCACCGGCCCCUCACAUCACAAGGUGACGGCACCAGAAGCUCAGAGAGAAACCUGAUAUCUUCACAUUUUAAAUCAAAUAAUCUUGGGAUAAGAGAAGAGGCAUAUAAAGAGCUCCGAUAUAUCUCCGAUAUACCCUCAGCCUUUCACAGCAAAGAUCCAUCAUCUGAUCCUUUUUACCAGAUCCAAUGUUCUGAACAAAACAAAAAUCACAGAAGGGGUGUUGAACCUCGAAAAGGGGAGAAGCCGUUCUCAUGUCCAGAAUGUGGGAGAGGUUUCAAGUACAAAUCAGCUCUUGUUGGGCAUCAGAGAAUUCACACAGGGGAAAAGCCAUUUCCAUGCUCAGAGUGUGAGAAAAGUUUUAAGCUCAAAGGAGAACUUGUUAGCCACCAGAGAACACACACAGGGGAGAAGCCAUUUUUAUGUUCAGAAUGUGGCAAAUGUUUUUCUUUCAGCAAAACUCUUUCUGUACAUAAGAGAACCCACACAGGAGAGAAGCCAUAUGUAUGUCCUGAAUGUGGGAAAAGGUAUAUAGACAGUUCUUAUCUUAUUAGGCAUCGGAGAAUACACACAGGGAAGAAGCCAUUUUCAUGUUCAGAAUGUGGAAAAACUUUUGACUGUAGAACAGAUCUUAUAACUCAUGAGAGAACUCACACAGGGGAGAGGCCAUUUUCAUGUUUAGAAUGUGGCAAGUGUUUUACUUCAAAAAAAAGUCUUGUUUUACAUCAAAAGAUUCACACAGGGAGAAAAACAUUUUCAUGUUCUGGAUGUGAGAAAUGUUUUAAGUCCAAAUCCAGUCUUGUCAAACAUGAGAGACGUCACACAGGGGAGAAGCCAUAUUCAUGUUCAGAAUGUGGAAACAGUUUUCAUGACAAAUCACAUCUUUUUAGACAUCAAAAAAUUCACACAGUGGAGAAGCCAUUUUAAUGUUCAAAUUGUGGGAAAUAUUUUCACCAGAAAACAAUCUUGUUAUACAUACUUAAGAGCAGCGAUGCCUAACCACCAGGCUUUCGGUACCAGGCCGAAGGGGUUCUGGAGUUGAAUGGCGGGAACAUCAUAAGCGUAAAGGCCUCUAGGCUUCAUGAAGACCGCUUGCGUUGGGUCACAGGUGGUAUGACAACAUCAUCAUGCCACCAGAGACCCAGCGAAGGAGUUCGCAAUGACUUUUAUGACCCUUUGUGCUGUGACGCUGGUCUUAAUAAAGCCAGAGUUAUGAAGAGGCGUCUGCCUCUACAUAACUUCUGCGGAUCCUACACCAGUUCUAAAUGUAAGACAGCUUCCUAGUGUCACGGUAGGUAAUAUAACUGAAGGAACACGGCAAGGCAAAGAAAAACAACUGACUAGGCCCCAAAUGCUAGGGAACAAAGGGGUCACC